AUUAACAUUAUCUUAACUUCUCACAUACCUGUUCUAAAUAAAAUCCCUGCCUCUUUGCUAACUCAGUCACCCGCUCUAAGAUUGUUCAGUAGCGCACCAGUGUUAAGUAUGGAAUCAGACUCUAUACCGCCCAAACUAAAUACAUCCUGCGUGCAGUGUCGGAAGUCAAAGGUCAAAUGCACGGGGGGGAAUCCAUGCAAACGCUGUGAAUUGUCACAAACCCCUUCAGCAUGCACCUACAAUGCCUCACGCAGGCGCGGGAAGCGUAAAGCUGAUGACAGCAACAUAAAGUGGCACGUGCAAAAGACAGGCGACUCGAGUCAAGACGUAUUGUUUGACGCUGGAAUCAACCUCACUGAGCCAUUGCAAUUGGGUCUCGUGGGGAAGGAUGGGGAGGAUGAAAAUAGCUGGAUUGGAGCUGAUAACUCGGGACACAACAUAGCUGUCGCCUUCCCAGAUCCAUCCAUGCCGCUGGGAUCUUACAAUGUUGCUCAGGCGGCGUCUCCCGGCUUGACAGAGAUCUUAAAUUCCUUAGAAUCAUCCAGCUUACCGCCCGGGGCUUUUCUUGGAGAUAUUGGCAUAUGCUCAGAGUCAUGUUUCAUAUCCGUUCAUUCUAUCACCAAUCAACUUUCGUCUGUGAGAAAUUCGAAGUGCGCUGUACAGCUGGAUAAGAUCUUUUGUCUCAUAAGCGAUUCCAUCUACCAAGCAGCAAAGUAUCUCGCGUGCGAACAUUGCGAUUCAGGCUGUUCUCGCCUCAUGACGCUAUCAUUUCUGCAUCAGUGGCAGAUAAAUAUUCUUUUGGACGUCACGAACAAUCCUACAAUAUUGUUUGGAGAUAAAAUCCCUGAAUUGAAAUUUGGUGAGUACAAGGCUUCCGCUGAAGACGACGUAGCUUUCAAGCGGAUAGUACUUUUGAGAUUCGCCCGCGAUAUCAAACUCUCCUUGAAUCGUUUCCACCACGGAGCUAAGGAUUUUGAGGAACGAUAUAUUGCAGGGAAUUUAGAGCUCGGAGAAGCUGGCAAACUCAAUCUGGAAUGGUUAUUAAAGGUGGCUGUCAGCUUGAAAAGGCAGGCCGAGUUUAUUACAAUCGCUGAAGAAAAACGAGACUAG